UGAAAAUUUACAAAAAUUGUGAAACAAAAUUUAUUUGUGAUAUAUUGUGAAAUAUUCAUGAUACUUUGAGGUUUAUUUAGCUAUAAAUACCCGAGAGUAGAGCAGAGUAUUCCGGAGUAUCAUUUGAACUUAUCUAGAAAAGAUUUAGGAAUACAGAUAAAGAUACAUAAAUAAAAAUAAGGAAACUGGAUAGGCCUACGCUUGUUGAAUCUGAGAUCUAUCGGUAUUACGACGAAAUGGAGUGUAAAGGAUCAUCAGGACCAACCCAGAUUAAAUCCCCUCCCACACUAGGAUCAAGCCCCUGGGGCAAAGUUAAAGUGACACCACCAUGCUCUCUGACGGAAGUCAUGAGUGAGGAACUAGUCGAUCAGAUGCAGAAUGCUGAUACUACACAAGAAACCAAUCAAAUAAUGUCUGAUGCUGAACUAGCCGCUUCACUAAGCUCACAAGAGGCCGCCACUGGUACAGAGACAAACGAUGAUCUAUUGCUUGCUCAGAUGCUUCAACAUGAGUUUGACAGAGAGCACGAUAAGCUUCUACAAAAGCAAGAAAACAAAUAUAACGGUGACAGUAAAGUAAGUAUUUCUUUCACCAACUUCCGUUCAGUUCACCCUCACCUCCAGGAUGACAUAGAAGACAGUUCCAGUGAUGAUGAUGAUGAUGAUGUCAUCGAUUGGCACACAACAUUAAACGCCCCAGAACCCCAGUUCAACAGAUUUGGGGUGUCUGGGAGUGGGAAGUCUAUGGUGACGAAGCAUGAUGCUGGAAUCAGCUCUCGAAGAAAUGCCAACAAAAUUAUGGAGCAGUUCCCACCUGGUUUCCAAACUGGUGACGACACACAGUUUGACAUGAAGCUGAACAACAAGGUCUACAACAAGCUGAAGUCUCACUCUAUUGCUGAAAAUAAACGAAGUCAGCGACUACAUGAAAAGAAGGAGCAUUCAACUUCAGAACAGGCCAUAGAUCCCAGGACUAAGCUGAUCAUGUACAAGCUGGUCAACAAUGAGAUCCUUGAAUCCAUCAAUGGUGUCAUCAGUACUGGGAAGGAGGCUGUCGUCUUCCACGCCAAUGGUGGCAGGAUUGAGCAGCAGCAAGUGCCAUGUGAGUGUGCAAUCAAAGUGUACAAGACUAACUUGAAUGAGUUCAAGAACAGGGCCCAGAUUGAGCAGCAGCAAGUGCCAUGUGAGUGUGCAAUCAAGGUAUACAAGACGACCUUGAAUGAGUUCAAGAACAGGGCCCAGAUCGAGCAGCAGCAAGUGCCAUGUGAGUGUGCAAUCAAAGUGUACAAGACUACCUUGAAUGAGUUCAAGAACAGGGCCCAGUAUGUCAAGGGAGACUAUAGAUACUUCAAAGAUGAAUUCAAGAAACAGAAUCCAAGAAAGAUUAUGAAUAUAUGGGCAGAGAAGGAAAAAACAAACUUAAAAAAAAUGAGACGUCAUGGAAUCUUAUGUCCCGAACCUGUGUUGCUACGGAAACAUGUGUUAGUGAUGAGUUUCAUUGGUCAUAAUCAGCAAUCAGCGCCUAAACUUAAGGAAGCUGUCCUUAAUGGUGAUCAGCUACAGUCUGCCUACAGCCAGUGUAUUCAGGCUCUGAGGAAGUUAUACUGUGAGGCAGGGUUGGUGCAUGCAGACUUCAGCGAGUACAACAUACUUUGGCACAAUGGGUGUAUCUACAUCAUAGACGUCAGCCAGUCAGUAGAUCUACAACACCCACAAGCGCUUGUGUUCCUUCUAAGAGACUGUUUGAAUAUAACAGAGUUCUUCAGUCGUAAAGGUGUAGAAAAUGUACCAUCACAAUAUGAAUUGUUCAAUGACAUCACAGGUCUCAACUUCACUGGACAGGGAGAGGAUUUCGUAUCACAAAUACAAGAGUACGAGAAAAAUGAAGACAGAAUGAGGCGAGGAAUCGGAAAAGAAUAUGCCUUUGACCACUUCUUCAGUCAAUCAACAAAAGAACGAGAAAAUUUAAGAAAAAAUACUGGACAAUCAGAUCAACAGAAAUCUUUGCAGGAUUUAGACAUAGAUGACAUUUGAUGCAUAUCGCCAUAGUAUUUAUAUUUAUUUAAUGUUAGUUACCCCAGUUACGAGUGCAGAAAUAGCCUGAAUGCGAAUAUUGAAUGUAAAUGGACAUUUGAAUCCAAAACGGGUGGAAUGGGUGCAUGCCAUGGAAACAAUGGUACUUGUUUGUUACACAGCAGGGUUUAGCUGUUUCUUAAUGGAGCAUUUUAACAAAGGUUUCUAUGCAUGUGUAACACAUUAAAAAUUUCAUAAAGCUUUUCUGUCAUAAUAUUUCAUUAUGAAGCAAUUGAACCUGCUGUGUUUCUAACCAAUGAUGGCAUAAACUGAUGAAUCCCAGUUUCAAGAAUCGAUUAUGUGGAAAAUACCUAU